AUGAUUGAUGCGGAGAAUGUCACAUCGACUAGUUUAAAUAAUAGUUUGAAUACGGUGAAACUGCUAUCACAUACAACUCUAUUGGAGUUUUUCUUCCGGCAUGUCUAUUUGUUACUAUUAGUGGUAAUCGGAUGCAUUGGAAAUGGUUUUGUAAUUAUUGUUUUUGGUCAACGAGCAUUACGCACGACGAUUGCAUCCAUGGGCUCGAAUAUGUCCGUGUAUCCAUUUCUCUUUUAUAUGGCUAUUUCGGAUACAAUAUAUUUAUCUAUUUUAUUUUGCUUAUGGCUAUCGAAUUAUAUAAAUAUUCUUCAUCGUCCAGUAGUUUGCCAAUUAACAUUAUAUUUAACAUACGUAUGCAAUUUUAUAAGUGCCUAUUAUACAGUGUCAUUUACAGCUCAACGUUUAUUUGCUGUUGUAAAACCAUUUCGUGUAUCGCAUGUACUUUCAUGGUAUCGUUCUCGGUGUUUAGCUUUAUUCAUAAUAUGCAUUGCUUGUUUAAUUUACUCAUAUUUACCAUUUCUGAUCGGUAUUGUUAAUGGGCAAUGUUUUUCAUUGAAACAUUUACGUUGGAUAAAUGAAUUAAUGGAUAUAGUGGAUUGUUUUGUUGUCUUUCUUAUUCCGUAUAUUUCGAUCAUAGUAAUGAAUGCAAUUAUAUUAAUAUCUUUACGACGAAUGAAACAAAAUCCACGUGAAUUUCUUUUUCGAAAUCAUUCUCAAUUGAAUCAAAUUCGUGAAAUAACACGUCGAAGUGCUUCACGUAAAAUGACGAAACUAUUGUUAGCUGUUUCAACGUCAUAUUUAAUAAUAUGUGCCCCAUAUGCAUCUAUUCAUACAUGGCGUUUACUAUAUGGACACAAAACAGUUGAAACAAAAUUAAUUCGUCUAUUGGAAAAAUAUUUUCAUUCAAUAUAUCAAAUAUCAUUCGCAAUAAAUUUUUAUAUUUAUAUUUUAUUUGAUUCAAAAUUUCGUCGUGAAUUGAAACGUCUUUUUAUGAAAUUAAAAAUAAAUAUUUGUCAUUGCUUUCGUCAUUCAAGUUUUUACGAUAAUGAAAAUUCAUUAAAUCCAAAUCGCUCAUCAAAUUGUGAACAAUUUCAAUUAAUGGACCGAACUUCACCUUCUACAAUAUUAACUACAAGUGGAUUUGUAUUCGGAUUUAAAUACAAAUAA